GCACUGCCUGCGCUCUUUCGCCAGCUCCAUUCCCAGCACACUCGCUCAGAUGGCACCCUCUGCCGAAUCGUCGGCCUCGGGCGCGGCCGCGGCUUCGGCCAGUGCGCCGGCGUACAAGCGGCGGCGCGUCGUUGAGGAGGAGCCGGACCUCAUGUCGUACGAAGACGACGACGACACGUACGAGGCCUACAUUCCCGCCUCGAAGCGCAAGCAGAUGGAGCUGCAGCGCAUCGCAGGGCGCGGCCGUGUCGCAGUGGCGGCGCCGGGCGCUGGCACGGCCGUCGAGACGGGCGCCGACAAGGGCGGCGACGACGACGACAUGGGCGUGCGGCAGAGCAAGACGGCACUGCUGCACGCCGCGCGCGAGCUCAAGGCGCUGCAGGCCAAGGAGCAGAAGAGCGAGGCGGAGAAGGCUGCAGAGGAGGAGCGCAAGAUCCUCGACGCCCACGCCGCGCGCCGCAAGCUUGCCAGCGACAUGGAGCUGGCAAAGGGCAUCUCCUACGAGGAGCCGCUGAAGACGAGCUGGCGCGCACCGGCGUUCGUGCGGCGGCGGACAGAGCAGGAGAAUGAGGAGCUGCGCGACAAGCACCAUGUGCUGGCGGAAGGCAAGGACAUCCCGCCGCUGAUCACCAACUUUAGAGACAUGAAGCUCCCUCCGCCGCUUCUGGCGCACCUCGAGUCGAAGGGCAUCAAGCGGCCGACGCCGAUUCAGAUGCAGGGCCUGCCGACUGCCUUCAGCGGACGCGACAUGAUCGGCAUCGCCUUCACCGGCUCGGGCAAGACGCUGGCGUUCAGCCUGCCGAUUGUCAUGUUCGCGCUCGAGGAGCAGCGCAAGCUGCCAUACGUGCGCGGCGAGGGCCCGACUGGCAUGAUCGUCUGCCCAUCGCGUGAGCUUGCCCGACAGACGUACGAGGGCAUCAAGGUGAUGGCCGACGUGCUGGCGCAGGCAGGCUAUCCCGAGAUCGGCGUGCUGCUCUGCAUCGGCGGCAUCAGCAUGGCCGAGCAGUCGCACGUCAUGGGCAAGGGCUUCCACAUUGUCGUCGCCACGCCGGGCCGCCUGCAGGACAUGCUGGAGAAGAAGAAGUUCACGCUCGAGGCGUGCAAGUACCUGUGCCUCGACGAGGCGGACCGCAUGAUCGACAUGGGCUUCGAGGACGACGUGCGCAACAUCAUGAGCUUCUUCAAGCAACAACGGCAAACGCUGCUCUUCUCGGCCACGAUGCCCAAGAAGAUUCAAGACUUUGCAGAGCAGUCGCUCAUCCAGCCCGUCGUCAUCAACGUUGGCCGUGCGGGUGCAGCGAACCUGGACAUCAUCCAGGAGGUCGAGUACGUAAAGCAAGAGGCCAAGAUGGUGUAUCUGCUCGAGUGCCUGCAGAAGACGGCGCCGCCCGUCGUCGUGUUCAGCGACAACAAGAACGAGGUCGACGACAUCCAGGAAUACCUGCUGCUCAAGGGCGUCGAGGCCGUCGCCAUCCACGGCUCAAAGACGCAGGACGAGCGCGAGUACGCCAUCAAGAGCUUCAAGAGCGGCAAGAAGGACGUCAUGGUCGCCUCGGGCGUCGCCUCGAAGGGUCUUGACUUCAACGAGAUCCAGCACGUGGUCAACUACACGAUGCCCAAGGAGAUCGAGGACUACGUCCAUCAGAUCGGUCGUACCGGCCGCAGCGGCAACACUGGUAUCGCCACGACGUUUGUCAACAUGAACACGGCCGAGCAGACGCUGCUCGACCUGAAGUAUCUCCUGAUGGAGGCCAAGCAAAGAAUCCCGCCCUUCCUCGCAGCGCUCGACGAUCCUCGCGCCGGGCAGGGUGCCUCGCUCACUGGCUGUGCGGUCUGCGGUGGUCUCGGUCACAGCGUCAAAGACUGCCCCAAGCUCGAGGACAACCAGCGCCGGCAGACGGCCGGCUUCUCGCGCGGCGAUGGCGGCGGCGGAGGCUACUGA